AUGCCUUCCUCGUAUGACCAUGGGCAUUUGUCUUCAUGGGGCUCUUCUCUAGAUUGUUGCCAUUGGAGUAGUGUCCUUUGUCAUCCUCAAAUUGGCCACAUUGAGGCGCUUGAUCUUCCCGUUAAUCAAGAAGGUUUGCAGCCUUUGCAAGGAAAAAUUCCUAAUUCUAUGGGGUCAUUAAGUCAACUUAAGCUAUUGAUUUUGCGAAAUAAUUGCUUGGGUGGUGGGCUUUCCUCCUUGAAAAAUGUCACUGAAUUGGAAAUGUUAUAUUUGGAUGAAACUACAACGAAAAACCCUUAUCUUUGUGGGAGGCCACUGGACAAGCUUUGUUCUUUUGAAGAUCAUCCAUUAGGGAAUGGGACACAAGCUAAUCAAGUUGUUGAUGAAGAUGAUUCUUUCACAAAAGGAUUCUAUGAAAGCUCGGGCGUCGGAUUUGCUGUUGGAUUUUGGAUUGUCUUUGGAUCAUUGUUAGUUAUUCGUUCAUGGAGACAUGCCUACUUCAAUUUCUUAAACAAGCUAGCAGACUCUAUCUAUGUGACAACAGUGAUUCAUGUGGAAAAUGGUGCGGGUGGCUUCGUUGCAACUAAUAAAGGGUAA